AUGUUACCGGUUUUACCGGAAGAGCGAGGGGAGAGUUUGCUGGAGAAGAGGUACCUGUGCUCGUCAGAGGAGCAGUUCAGCUCUCCCUUGCUGGAUGAGCUGGAGCUGUGGAAGACUUCGAUGGUGCAGAGGUACCUGGAUCCACCAGCAGAGCAGUCCAGCACUCGCUCGCUGGAGGAGCGAGGGGAGAUCCCGCUGCGGAAGAGGUUCCCCGACUCACCGGUGGGUUCUCCUGCUGCAGCCCCAGUUCCUGACUCCUCUGCCGCAGCCCCAAUGCCCUACUCGACCGCAGAAAAUCCUGAGUUGACCGCAGAAGAUUCUGGUUCGGCUGAAGUCCUCGCUCCUGGUUCGUCAGCCGAAGUCCUUGCCCCUGGCUCGUCAGCCGAGGUCCUCGCCCCUGGUCCGCCUAAAGAAGUCCUAGCCCCUGAAUCUCAUAUUCCAUGCUGGGGUAAACUUAAAUUAAUGCUGCAGAAGAAGUAUCAAUAUGUGUCUGAAGGGAUUUCUAAUACAGAAAACCCAACUCCUUUGAACCAGAUCUAUGCAAACCUCUACAUCAUAGAGGGAGGAACUGGAGAGGACAAUUGUGAACAUGAGGUCAGACAGAUUGAAAAUGCAUCUAGAAUGCCAGAUCGACUAGAAAGAACCAUCACUCAUGAAGACAUCCUUAAACCCCCACCUGGAAGACAUGAACCAGUCAGAACAGUGAUGACAUUGGGGGUGGCUGGCAUUGGGAAAACAGUUUUAACACAGAAGUUCACUCUGGACUGGGCUGAAGACAAUGCCAACAAGGACAUCCACUUCAUGUUCCCAUUCACCUUCAGAGAGCUGAAUGUGCUGAAAGAGAAAAAGUUCAGCUUGAUGAAACUUGUUCAUCACUUCUUUACUGAAACCAAAGAAAUGUGCAACUUUGAAGACUUCCAGCUUGUGUUCAUCUUUGAUGGCCUGGAUGAGUGUCGACUUCCUCUGGACUUCCACAACAAUCAGAUCUUGACUGAUGUUACAGAGUCCACCUCAAUGGAUGUGCUGCUGACAAACCUCAUCAGGGGGAAAUUGCUUCCCUCUGCUCGCCUUUGGAUAACGACACGACCUGCAGCAGCCAAUCAGAUCCCUGCUGAGUGUGUUGACAUGGUGACAGAGGUCAGAGGUUUCAAUGACCCACAGAAAGAGGAGUACUUCAGGAAGAGAUUCAAAGACGAGGAACAGGCCAGCAGGAUCAUCUCCCACAUCAAGACAUCACGAAGCCUCCACAUCAUGUGCCGUAUCCCAAUCUUUUGCUGGAUCACUGCUACAGUUCUGGAGGACUUGUUGAAAAUCAAUAAUGUAAGCGAGAUGCCAAAGACCUUGACUGAGAUGUACAUCUACUUCCUGGUGGUUCAAGCAAAAGUGAAGAAGGUCAAGUAUGAUGGAGGAGCUGAGACAGAUCCACAUUGGAGUCCAGAGAGCAGGAAGAUGAUUGAGUCUCUGGGAAAACUGGCUUUUGAGCAGCUGCAGAAAGGAAACUUGAUCUUCUAUGAAUCAGACCUGACAGAGUGUGGUAUGGAUGUCAAAAAAGCCUCAGUGUACUCAGGAGUACUCACACAAUUUUUUCUAGAGGAGAUAGGGCUGUACCAGGAGAAAUUGUUCUGCUUCAUUCAUUUGAGUGUUCAGGAGUUUCUGGCUGCUCUCCAUGUCCAUCUGACUUUCAUAAACUCUGGAAUCAACCUUUUCAAAAAAAAAAAAAGGUGGUUGUUGGAAAUAUUUAGCAAAUUUCAAAAGGUAAAGCCCUUCUAUCUGUGCGCUGUAGAUAAGGCCCUGCAGAGUCCAAAUGGACACCUGGACUUGUUCCUUCGCUUCCUCUUGGGUCUUUCACUGCAGACCAAUCAGAAGUUUUUACAAGGCCUGCUGACACAGACAGGAAGUAGCUCACAGACCAAUCAGGAAACAGGCCAGUACAUCAAGAAUCUGAUCAGUGAGAAUCUGUCUGCAGAGAAAAGCAUCAAUCUGUUCCACUGUCUGAAUGAACUGAAUGAUGGUUCUCUAGUGGAAGAGAUCCAACAUUCUCUGAGUUCAGGAAAUCUAUCCACAGAUAAACUGUCACCUGCUCAGUGGUCAGCUCUGGUCUUCAUCUUACUGUCAUCAGGAAAUGAACUAGAUGUGUUUGAUCUGAAGAAAUAUUCUGCUUCAGAGGAGGUUCUUCUGAGGCUUUUGCCAGUGGUCAAAGCCUCCAGCAAAGCAAUGCUGAGUGGCUGUAAUCUGUCCGAGGGAAGCUGUGAAGUUCUACCUUCACUUCUUGGCUCCCAGUGUUGUAGUUUGAGAGAACUGGAUUUAAGUAACAACAACUUGAAAGAUUCAGGAGUGAAGUUUCUGUCUGUUGGACUGAAAAGUCUAAAUUGCAAGCUGGAAACUCUAAGGACAUGCAGCAUCCAGCAGGCCGUGGAGGCAGGGAGUGAAGUUCACCUGAAGAAACAUCAUCCAUACUCUGCACAGGUCCAUCAUCAAGCCACUGCAAAGUUAGAAUUCAUGUUGAGGCUGUCAGGAUGUCUGAUCACAGAGGAAGGCUGUGCUUCUCUGGCCUCAGCUCUAAGCUCCAACCCUUCCCAUCUGAGAGAGCUGGACCUGAGCUACAAUCAUCCAGGAGACUCAGGAGUGAAGCUGCUGUCAGAUGGACGUAAGGAUCCACAAUGGAGACUGGACACACUCAGGGUGGAGCCUGCUGGAGUCCGAUGGUUGACACCAGGUCUGAGGAAGUAUUCCUGUCAGCUCAUGUUAGACACAAAUACAAUCAGCAGAAACCUCCAAGUGUCUCACAGCAACAGGAAGGUGAUGCACGUGGAGGAGGAGCAGUCAUAUCCUGAUCAUCCAGACAGAUUUGAAGGCUACUGUCCUCAGCUGAUGUGUAAAGAUGCUCUGACUGCUCGCUGUUUCUGGGAGGUCGAGUGGCAGGGCGAGGUUGAUAUAGCCGUCUGUUACAGAAAAAUCAAAAGGGGUGGAGAGCGAGCUGUCUGUGAGUUUGGAAGAAAUUUGGAGUCUUGGAGCCUGAGUUGCUCUGGCCGCGGUCAUUACACUGCCUGGCACAAUGAAAAAGGAACAUCCAUCUUCUCCUCGUCCUCUAUCUCUGACAGAGUAGCAGUGUUUGUGGAUUUUCCUGCUGGCAUUCUGUCCUUCUACAAAGUUCUUUCUGACACCCUCAUCCACAUCCACACCUUCAACACCACAUUCACUGAACCUCUUUAUCCUGGAUUUUCUUUUGGAUUCUGGAACAGGACGGGUUCCACCAUACGCCUGAUUUCCCUUUAA